AUGGCCGUUCCCAAAGUAAACUCUUCUCACACACGUACAUCCAGUUUGCCUUCCUCGUCUCACCCCACAUUGGGCAAAGUGGAGGAUUACCUCCAUUUGGUUAAAAGUUGGGAAGUGGCCUCACCUCGAAGCACCACAUGUGGCUCCUUCUGCAGUGGAUUCAGAAACCUCAUAGAACUGUUCCUUUGCAUGGAUGAGUUCCUUCAAAUGCCUCUUUCUCAACAAUUCUUGCAACAGAAGGAGAGCCAUGUCAGCCAAGUGAUGGAUGAUUUCCUGAUCCUGCUGGAUGUUUGUGGGAUGGUUAAGGACUCGUUGGUGCAGAUGAGGGAGCAAUUGCAGGGACUUAGCUCCCUGUUCCGCAGAAGAGAAUCUAGCUUCCAUGAGAGCAUUGCUUUCUACAGGGGCAUCAGGAGAAGGAUGAAGAAGGAUAUGACCAAAUGCCUUUCUUUGCUGAAGAGCAUGAGAUCUCAAACAAGUGCUGUGCGUGGCGAUGAUCAUGAAGUGGUGGGCAGCAUCCUAUGUGACGUAAAGGACAGCACAGUUUCGACAUUUGAGCUACUUGUUCAGAUGAUCUCUGGGCACAAGAGAUCAGCAUCUGUUCUUUCAAAAUUAAGAUCCAUUGGCUCUAGAAGAUGUGAGAAGAAUGAGGAUGAAGUGGGAGAAAAUGAAAUCGAGAGAGUGGAUGAGGCUCUUCGCGCUCUUUAUGCCUGCACAUCAUCAGAAGGUGAAAGGAAAAAUGAAGUUCAAAUUGCAGAGAGACGGAUGGUAGAUUUGGAGCUUUGCUUGAGGGAAACGGAAGCAGAGCUAGAUACAAUGUUCAGGUGUCUCAUUAAGGCCAGGGUCUUCCUUCUCAACGCUUUGACAGCGUGCUAG